AUGGCACAACCAACUGCCGUUAUUAUGUUUGUAGGGAUGGCUGCUCUAGGCGUGUUCAUUAACUUUUCCAUUCAUAAAAUUGAAGAAGGACAUGUUGGUGUUUACUACAGAGGUGGUGCUCUACUAUCCACAACAAGUGAACCAGGCUACCAUUUCAUGAUUCCAGUGAUAACAUCCUUCAGAUCUGUGCAGACAACACUCCAGACGGAUGAAGUCAAAAAUGUUCCCUGUGGAACAAGUGGUGGUGUCAUCAUUUACUUCGAAAGGAUUGAGGUUGUCAACAAACUAGAUACAUCAGCAGUGUAUGACAUUGUGAAGAACUACACAGCAGACUAUGACAAGACCUUGAUCUACAACAAAAUUCACCAUGAGCUCAAUCAGUUCUGCAGCAUUCACAACCUCCAGGAGGUUUAUAUUGAUCUCUUUGACCAAAUUGAUGAAAAUUUGCGUAAGGCAUUGCAGUCUGAUUUGUAUGAGAUGGCACCAGGCCUUACAGUCCAGGCAGUUCGAGUCACAAAACCCAAGAUACCUGAACAGAUUCGCAAGAAUUAUGAAGCCAUGGAGGGAGAGAAGACAAAACUUUUGAUUGCUACUCAGAAACAGAAAGUGGUUGAGAAAGAAGCUGAAACAGACAGAAAGAGAGCAGUUAUCGAGGCUGAAAAGGUUGCUCAGGUGUCCAAGAUCCAGUGGGAACAGAAGAUUAUGGAAAAGGAAUCUGAAAAAACCAUGUCUCACAUUGAAGAUGACACUCAUUUAGCAAAAGAGAAAGCAAAGGCAGAUGCAGAGUUUUAUCGAGCUGAGAGGGAAGCAUUAUCAAACAAAGUGAAACUGACCAAAGAGUACUUGGAGAUGUUGAAAUACCAAGCAAUUAGCAGCAACACAAAGAUUUACUUUGGCAACAGUUUGCCUAGUGUAUUUCUGGAUCCCAUAGUCACUACCGGAAGUACAAUUUCUGACAGUUCGGCAUCAAAAGUUGAUGAGAGAAAGAAAUGA